UGAACCGCGGCGGACAGGGCGGGGCUUCAAGCGAGAGGGAGGGAAGGAGGCGAAAGGAUAAGAAAGGGAGUGGAGCUGGCGCCUACGGUGGCCGAAGAGGGACGCGCAGAGCCGGAGGCUGCAGGAUGAUGCGAUUCAUGCUGCUGUUCAGCCGGCAGGGGAAGCUGCGGCUACAAAAAUGGUACCUGGCCACCUCAGACAAGGAGCGAAAGAAGAUGGUUCGGGAGCUUAUGCAGGUCGUUCUGGCUCGCAAGCCCAAGAUGUGCAGCUUCCUGGAGUGGAGGGACCUCAAAGUUGUCUAUAAGAGAUAUGCCAGCCUCUACUUCUGCUGUGCCAUCGAGGGCCAAGACAAUGAGCUUAUCACGCUGGAGCUGAUCCACCGGUACGUGGAACUCCUGGACAAAUACUUCGGCAGCGUUUGCGAGCUGGAUAUCAUCUUCAACUUUGAGAAGGCCUACUUCAUCUUGGAUGAGUUUUUGAUGGGGGGCGACGUCCAGGACACCUCCAAGAAGAGUGUGCUGAAGGCUAUCGAGCAGGCGGACCUGCUGCAGGAGGAGGAUGAGUCGCCGCGCAGUGUGCUGGAGGAGAUGGGUCUGGCCUAGCCUCCGCCCGGGGCCGCGUGGAGAUGUGGGGAGCUGGUGGAGAGGCAGGGCAUCGGUGGCCCUUUUCUUGGUGGAACCCAGCUGCCCCUCCUCUGCUGCCUCACCUUCUUUUGCAGUGAGCUGUGGGCUCAGGACCCUCGAACAUUCCCUCCCUCCACCCCCUACCUCCUGUUUCCCCUUUUCCCGCUGAAGGUUUUAGGAGCUAGGAGGCAGGAAAAUGUGACCAAGUCGGGGGUGCUAUUUGGCUUUCAUCCCCUGCCUUUGAAGAACUAAUGUCACCCCAAACUCCCCCCCACCCUUAUAACUGUAAAUAUAUAAAUAUGUCAGGUUAAAGGGAAAAGGUUUUCAGGGCUCUUCUCUUCUCCCUGCCCCAUAACCUACCUCCAGCCCUCCCGGCAGCCAGCCAGGGCAGCUUCUCUGCCUGGGAGGGGGACCUCCGUGUCUCCAGAGGGAAGUCCUUUUCCCUCAUCUGUCUCCUCCCCUUCCUUCUUGGCUGCAGUGGGGCCUCCGUUCAGUUCCAGGGGAGGAGCAACAUAGUUAAUUUUUUUCUAACCUUGCUACUUUGAGGGAAGGGAGGGCUGGGGGAGGGGUAGGCUUUACAGAAGACUGGGCCCUGUCCCUCCCUCACUCUGAGUUCCCGGUGAGGCAGGAGCUAAGCGGGUGGGGUGGGGAAAGUGUCUGAUUUUUUUUUUUUCCUCCAAAAUAAAAGGAAAAGCAUUUCUGGA